AUGGCAGACGUUGUCAUGUCAGAUGCCACGUCCUAUACGUUGGUAGAAAUUGACAGUUUAACUGAUCUGGAGGAGAUGAAUAUUGCUCUUAAAAAAUUAUGUGACGGGGAGGUUGCAAUUGAAGAGGAGCUAAAAGUGCUUCUAGAUCAUCAGGACAUCUUAGAGAGCAAGAUGUCUGGCUUGUAUAAAAUGCUACCUAACCUACAGAUACUUGAGACGGAUUCAAAGCAAUUGUGUGGCAUGAUCUCAUUCACUUCGACCCUCGCUGAGAAUGUCAGCAGUAAAGUCAGGAAACUGGAUCUGGCCAAGAAUCGAGUAGUUGAGUGUAUGCAGAGAGUGGAGGAUAUCUUAGAUUUGAAAUUCUGUACAGAUGGAGUGCAAACAGCUCUGCAGAAUGAAGACUAUGAGAAGGCUGCAGGGCAUAUCCACAGAUUUAGAAGUUUGGAUGAAACUGUCAUCAGGAUAAGUGCAGAAACCAGUGAGGGUGGAACACUGGAGAGCUCCUUUAAGCUGCUGUAUGAAGCUGAAGACAAACUCAAGUCCAUAGUUCACAACAAGUUUGAUGCAGCUGUUCACUCAGGAGAUGUAGCAUCCGUGGAGAGAUUUUUCAAAAUCUUCCCUUUGCUGGGACUUUACUCUGAUGGUCUCACAAAGUUUGGAAAAUAUUUGGCUGCACAGUUGUCAGAAAAAGCAGAUGGGAACUUGAAAAUCGCCUUACAUCCUGACUCCUCAGACAAGAGAGCUCAUGUUAUGUUUGCAGACACUUUAACAUUGUUAUUUGAGAGUAUUGCUCGGGUUGUUGAAAUUCAUCAGCCAUUAGUGGAAACCUAUUAUGGGCCUGGCAGAUUAUUUCAGCUCCUGCACAUCUUACAGAAGGAAUGUGACAGGCAGGCCAGGAAGAUUUUUGAGAGUUUCAAAACACACAGAGAGUAUAAUAUCAAGGUGAAGCAAGUUCAUCAGAAUUUAUCAGCCUUGAAACAGACAGUAGUUGAAAAGCUAGACCCAAAAGAAUUAGAUGUUUUGUUAUCAGAGAUGGUUCUGCUGAGUUCAAGAUCAGAGUUAUACUUGAGGUUCAUGCGUCGCCGAGCCACGGGAGACAUUGAGGCAUCACAUGAAGAUGAUGGAAAGCAAAAAGAUGACCUUGCCGAGGUAGAGCAGUUUUUCAGUUCAUGUGAGCUCAAUAGACUGGUUCAGGAAGUGAUAGGCAAUUAUAUCAUGAUGGAGCAGUACUUCAUGCGAGAGAUGAUUAUUAAGGCUGUCAGUAUGGAUACAUCAGAAGAAGGGCAGCAUAUUUCCAGUAUGGUGGAUGACACUUUCUUCAUUGUCAAAAAAUCAGUCAGGCGUGCUAUCUCCAGUUCUAGUGUAGAUGGUGUUUGUGCAAUGUUGAAUCUGGCUUGCACAAUUCUGGAGCAAGAUUACGGUGAAGUGUUGCUGGUCAGGUUGAGGGCUGGAUAUCCUUAUGGUUUUGAUCUUCAACAUGCCUACAACAUUGUACACUCCAGUCUGCAGCAAGGAAAACUUCAGAGUUCUGACUCUGAGAAAAAACAAGCCAGAGCUGCAUUUUUAACUGCCCUGAACAAUGCUGAAGUGAGCUGUGAUUACUGUAAAGCCUUGAAAAGUACUCUAGAGGAAGAUAUCUCAAAAUUGUAUCCUCAGUGCACUGAACAAAGCAAAGCAAAGUUAGAAAGUUGUCUAGGAGAGGUAGUGGUGGUAUCCAACAAAUUCAAAGAAAUUGGUGACUUUGGAUUUAGCCAGCUGACAGCCAGUGCCGUGAAGCCUAAAAUUAAACCAUUGGUGGACUCUUUCCUAUCUACCAGCCAUAACAUCACAGAGGAGGAGUUCUUUAAUUAUGAAGCAAAUGAUCCAUGGGUUCAAAACUUUAUAGUCAGCCUGGACUCCACGCUGACAACAUUUAAGGAUGCAAUGACUCCAGCCAAUUAUGACAGAUUUGCCACUGUAACAACCAGUGAAAUCACUCAACAACUGGAGAAAGCAGUCACCAAAACAGCAUUCAACCGACUUGGAGGUCUACAAUUUGACAAAGAGCUCAGGGCUUUAGUCGGCUACUUGUCGUCUGUAACCACAUGGACAGUCCGUGAUAAAUUUGCACGGCUUACUCAGAUGGCAACAAUCCUCAAUUUAGAAAGAGUUUCAGAAAUCAUGGACUACUGGGGACAGAAUUCAGGUCCAUUAACAUGGCGUUUGACACCUACAGAAGUCAGACAGAUCCUUGCGCUCAGGAUUGAUUUCCGCAGCGAUGAUGUGAAGAGAUUGAAGCUCUAG